AUGGAACCCAAUGAAAUGCCUGCUGUCCACCACUGCCCCUCAGACUCUGCCACAGGGGGUGAGACUAGAGCCCCCCAGGGCGGGGAGCUCGUCCCCAGGAGAGUUGUCAGUCGCUCUCCAACGUGCGCCCGCUGCCGCAGUCACGGUGUCACUGCCCACCUCAAGGGCCACAAGCGCCUCUGCCUCUUUCAGGCUUGCAAGUGUCACAAAUGUGUCCUCGUCUUGGAGCGCCGAAGAGUCAUGGCUGCCCAGGUGGCCCAGCGUAGGCAGGAGGAGGCGCAGCUGAAGCGGCACCUGGCUCGGGGGCAGAUGAGGAAAGGGGCGGCUCCUCCCAAAGCUCCCAGCAGUGUCAAGAAGGGAGUCACUCAACCAAGGCUCCACCCUGCAAAGGAGAACAUAGCACCCCAGCCUCAGACUCCCCAUAGGGCAGUCCCACUGGCACUGACACCCCCUGAGAAGAACUCCCAGGGGCCUCUGCUGCUCAGCUGUCCCCCAGAAGCCUUGCCUUUGCCCCGGACUCCAGUGCCUCCAGGCCCUUUGGCCACUGGACACUGGCUGCCUCCAGGCCUUUCCGUACCAACCCCAGUGGUGUGCCGCUUGCUAUGCCAAGAACCUGCUGUCCCUCUGCAUCCUUUCCCUGGCUUUGACCGUGGCACUGCCCUCUGGCUGCCCACUCAUGGGCCCCUCCCAGCCUGCUCAGGAUCUCGCCCAAUACUGAUGGCUCCUCUUUCUGGAGAAUCCCAAGGGCCCUCUACCCUGCCCCACACAUGCUCGACUCUGAAACUUCAGCCCUGUGGCACCCCAGACCCGCUUCUGCUGCAGCCACAGGCCCCCAGAGCCUCUCGCCUGGACUGGACCUCUGACCCCUCAGAGUGGCAGCUGCAGUGGGAGGCAGCCGAGGCUCUUAUGGGACUGAAAGAUUCAUUUCAGGCUCCCCGCCUGACCCCUUCUGGUCCUUCCAACCAUGCCUGGAUUUCCCUGCGCCACCCCUGUGGCCCACCAGCUCCUGCUGAAGAAGGAGGAUUCCAGCCUGUUGUCCCCUCUCUCUGACCCAGUCCAGCCCCCUCCGUGGCUCUACAUAUUGGGCAUCUGGGAUCCAUCUCCCUCCUGAGCUAGAAGCCCAGAGGUGGAGGCCUCACUGGGGUAGGGGGGCAACAGCCUGCAGGCAUUGCAUAUUUGGUAUUUUACUUACAGAUUUAUGCAUGGAAUUUAAUGUAGCACAAGCUUCAGGCUUGUUUUAAAGCUUUCAGGUGCUUUGUUAGCUUUUGGCUCCUUUUGUAGCAUGGCCAUUUCCUUGGCUGAAGGGGGAUAUUCUUUUACCUUCCUCGGAUCCUGGGACCUUUUAAAAUCCCCAACAAAGAGAAAGUUGUGCAGUUUAAGUUAACCAGUAUCUAAAUAGAUUUUUGCAUGAGUUCACGUUCCAGGGUAUUUAUUUGACGUGUGAUUCUGUAUAUCCCUGUGCACUCAUGUCUGUCUCCAUGCAUGUGAAAACAGGAGAGAAUUUUCAU